CUCCAUCACAGAUGAGGAAAAUGAGGCACAAAGAAGUCUAAAGUGAUUGCCCUGUUAAGGGAUGGAGCCAAGAUCUGAACCCAGGCUCUACUGUGGGCUGAGCUAAGUGCAGCCCCUUUAGCCCUCACAGGUGCUCCCUGAGAAGGCAUCCCUGAGACCCAGUGCAGGGCACCCUGGCCUUGGCUCUAGUUUCCUGUGGCUCUGGUUUCCUAAUUGCACCAGUCUACCUAACUCAUCACAGAGCUGGGCAUCCCUGACGGGUUCCUUCUGGGCCUGGGCAGGUGUGCUUUAUGUUGCUGAUGGUGAAAUUCUCAAUUCUGGUCUUUGGUACUUCAGCGUGGUAUUGUCUGUUUCACUUUCCCUCCUGAUGUCACCCUACAUGAGCUGUUCCUGUCUUGGGCUCCCUGAGUGACCCCAGGACUUCCUGCCAUGAAGAGGGGCCCAGGGAGACCCUGCUGGGGCCUUGGGCCAGGCUGCAGCACUUGGCUAGCCAGAACGAGCGUUCAUCACUCUUUUUUCAUGUUUUCAGGAAGGUGCAUUCGCGUUGGUGUUCAAGAGCAUCCACUACCCGGGAGAAGCCGUUGCCACAAGGAGAGGCAGUCCACUGCUCAUCGGGGUGCGGAGCAAGUACAAACUCUCCACUGAACAGAUCCCCAUCUUAUAUAGGACGUGCAAUAUUGAGAAUGUGAAGAAUAUCUGUAAGACAAGGGUGAAGAGACUGGACAGCUCCACCUGCCUCCAUGCUGUGGGCAAUAAAGCAGUGGAGUUCUUUUUUGCUUCAGAUGCAAGUGCUAUCAUAGAACACACCAACCGGGUCAUCUUCCUGGAGGACGAUGACAUCGCUGCAGUGGCUGAUGGGAAACUCUCCAUUCAUCGGGUCAAGCGCUCAGCUAGUGAUGACCCAUCUCGAGCCAUCCAGACAUUGCAGAUGGAAUUGCAGCAAAUAAUGAAAGGUAACUUCAGUGCAUUUAUGCAGAAGGAGAUCUUUGAACAGCCAGAAUCAGUUUUCAAUACCAUGAGAGGUCGGGUGAAUUUUGAGACCAACACAGUGCUCCUGGGUGGCUUGAAGGACCACUUGAAGGAGAUACGACGAUGCCGACGGCUUAUCGUGAUUGGCUGUGGAACCAGCUACCAUGCCGCUGUGGCUACACGGCAAGUUUUGGAGGAACUGACUGAGCUCCCUGUGAUGGUUGAACUUGCUAGUGAUUUUCUGGACAGGAACACACCUGUGUUCAGGGAUGACGUUUGCUUUUUCAUAAGCCAAUCAGGGGAGACUGCAGACACCCUCCUGGCACUGCGCUACUGUAAGGACCGCCGCGCCCUGACUGUGGGCAUCACCAACACCGUGGGCAGCUCCAUCUCCCGCGAGACCGACUGUGGCGUCCACAUCAAUGCAGGGCCCGAGAUCGGCGUGGCCAGCACCAAGGCUUAUACCAGUCAGUUCAUCUCUUUGGUGAUGUUCGGUUUGAUGAUGUCUGAAGACCGAAUUUCACUGCAAAACAGGAGACAGGAGAUCAUCCGUGGCUUGAGAUCUUUACCCGAGCUGAUCAAGGAAGUAUUGUCUCUGGAUGAGAAGAUCCAUGACCUGGCUCUGGAGCUCUACACACAGAGGUCGCUCCUGGUGAUGGGGCGGGGCUACAACUAUGCCACAUGCCUGGAAGGAGCCCUGAAAAUUAAAGAGAUAACCUACAUGCACUCAGAAGGUAUUCUGGCUGGGGAGCUGAAGCAUGGGCCCCUGGCGCUGAUUGACAAGCAGAUGCCUGUCAUCAUGGUCAUCAUGAAAGAUCCUUGCUUCGCCAAAUGCCAGAAUGCCCUGCAGCAAGUCACAGCCCGCCAGGGUCGCCCAAUUAUACUGUGUUCCAAGGAUGACACUGAAAGUUCCAAGUUUGCAUAUAAAACAAUCGAGCUGCCCCAUACCGUGGACUGCCUGCAGGGCAUCCUGAGUGUGAUUCCUCUACAGCUUCUUUCCUUCCACCUGGCUGUUCUCCGAGGAUAUGACGUUGACUUCCCCAGAAAUCUGGCCAAAUCUGUAACUGUGGAAUGAGAACAAGAUCAAGACAAGAACAUCACCACCUUUAGUCUGAAUCAAGACCACUUGUCCCAGCAGCAGGGACGCCACGCUGGGAGAGAAGUGAGCGUUCCACGUGUUCUGCGUGUUCCCGGUAGAGCUUGACAGCUUCAACGUGCCUUGUACCCAAGUGCUUUUGCUUAAAGCAAAUACUGUUUCUCUGUGUCCUUGAAGUCGCCAGAGGAGAAGGGAAUCAUUGUUUACACAUGGGGAUCAGAGUGGACUUUUCCACUACUGUGCAAUAGAGAUACAGCUCUCUUCAGAGUAACUGUGAACCUUUUAUAACCAACACUAGUUAGUUUUAAAAGACAAAAUAUUUAUAAUGAUGAUUGUAUAGCUUUUAAGUUAUUUUUCUAGUAUGUGGCUUUCUGUAGCCACGGUAAUGCCCAGACUGUACAUACCUGGCUGUCUGUGGGCUCACUCCUCAUUCAUCUCAGAUUUGAGCACAAGGCAUUGACCCUCUGGAUUCCUUUCACCUUUCCUUUCCUCUCUAGGCCGCUCCUAAAUCCCACCCCCUGCCAUCAGUGAAGCCCCUCCACCCAUCAUCCUAUGCCUCCUGUGAGUCCAGUUGAAAUCUCAACUUCUUUCAACAUUUCCUUGUCAUCUAUGGCCCACAUCCCUCCAACUCUCCAUCUUCUAUUUAAUCUGAUUAUGAUUCUUUUAAAGCCCAGGCAGCAUUUUGGUCCCUGCUCCCCGACCGUGGUAAAACAGCUUGAAAUAUCCCAUGCAAGAGAAUAGUUUCAAGUGGGCUACCUUGCUCUCUGUUUGAAAGCGUGCACAAUCAAAGUACUAUGCAAUUGUAAGACAAUAAAGACAGUACAAUUUUUUU